AUGAGUCAAACAUCUCUGAAACAGAAAAAGAAGAAUGAAACUGGAUCGAGAUAUUCAAAAGACAGUCUGGAAGCAGAGAAAAGAAGGGAUUCUGAGAAGUCGGGAGUUCGUCUGAGCACGCAGAUGAGGCGUGCAGUCAAUCCGAAUCACUCGCUGAGAUGUUGCGCCAUGCGGUGUCACCCAUCGUGUAGACACUGCCUUAGUGCAGCUGAGGGAACAGUACUCCUUGGCCCCUGCCGCACAAUACGUAUUUAUAUUCACAUGUGCCUGUUGUGGGAGCAGGGCCGGCAGAUCACCAUGAUCAGGGGAUCACAAGAAAUAUCAGCGCUGAAGACAGACUCUCGAGGGUACCUCGUACGAAAUCAGUGGUCCCGAACUUCACGGAGCCCAUCCACCAAAGCCCCAUCGGUAGAUGAGACCAGAAGCAAGACAGCCAGUCUUAAGGUAGAGCUCCCCAAUAGCUCCGCGACCUCCGGGACUUCCUCCACCUCCCUUAGCCAGCAAGAGUUGCCUCAGCAGCUGAUGGCGCAGCCCUCACCGCCCACGCCGCCCACGCCGCCCAAGCCUCCCAACCCGAGUCCUGCCACGCCCCCGGAGAUCCAGCCCAAGACCGGGUCCCGGCGCAGCAGCAAGAUGUAUGAGAAUCCCGAAGCCUGGGCUCACGGCAUCGUGCGGGGCAUCCGCGACUCCCGGGACACGCAGUCCCGGGAAUAUCCGCGCACGCCGCCCACCGAAUGGAAGUCCUAUGCUCAGCGCAGGGCGCUCUACCCCUCCCAGCUGGACCACGACUGUGUGACAGAUCUGCCCCGGCGGCGGGAGGAAGAGGAGGACGAGGACGAAGCCUACUGGGCAUCCGUGAGGACGCUGUACGAGAAGACCGCGAGCUGCUCGCGCCCCAAGCCGCCCAAACCCAAAGAUGCCAUCACCAUCGCUGUGUCAUCCCGGGCGCUAUUCAACAUGGUGGAUGACAGGAAAAUCUACGAAGAAGAGGGUCUGGAAAAGUAUAUGGAGUAUCAGCUCACCAACGAGAACGUCAUCCUGACCCCAGGGCCCGCGUUCCGCUUUGUCAAGGCACUGCAGCAUGUCAACACUAGACUCCGAGAGCUGUAUCCUGAUGAACAGGACUUAUUUGAUAUUGUGCUGAUGACUAAUAACCAUGCCCAAGUGGGAGUGCGUCUUAUAAAUAGCGUCAAUCACUAUGGCUUACUAAUUGACCGCUUCUGUCUGACUGGUGGAAAAAGCCCCAUUGGCUAUUUGAAGGCAUAUCUUACCAACUUAUAUCUUUCUGCGGAUUCUGAAAAAGUACAAGAAGCAAUACAAGAAGGAAUUGCCUCUGCAACGAUGUUUGAUGGAGCCAAAGACAUAGCUUACUGUGACACACAGCUCCGCGUGGCCUUUGAUGGGGAUGCUGUCCUCUUCUCUGACGAGUCCGAACACAUUGCCAAGGACCACGGGCUGGACAAAUUCUUUCAACACGAAACACUAUUUGAGAAUAAGCCUCUUGCUCAGGGUCCCUUGAAAGGCUUUCUCGAAGAUUUAGGCAGACUGCAAAAGAAGUUUUAUGCCAAAGAUGAACGGUUACUUUGCCCUAUCAGGACCUACCUGGUUACAGCCAGGAGUGCAGCCAGUUCAGGCGCCCGCGUGCUGAAAACUCUUCGCAGAUGGGGUCUAGAAAUAGAUGAAGCUCUUUUCCUUGCUGGAGCCCCCAAAGGUCCCAUCUUGGUGAAGAUACGGCCCCACAUCUUCUUUGAUGAUCAAAUGUUCCACAUCCAAGGGGCACAAAAAUUCGGCACCAUCACAGCUCAUGUACCGUAUGGCAUUAAUCAAAAAACGAAUAAUUAG